GGCUAUAUGAGAGGGAAUUCAUCGACACAGUAGUUUCUUCCGCACCACGUCUCCUACACUCCUCCGCCUGCCGUCCUGUCCUGCGCCCUUACUCCUCGGACGCCCCCCACGCCACCAAUCCCCAACCCCCCAUUCCGCACUCCCCUCUCCCUGCCCCGCCGCGCUUCCUUCGCUGCUAAAGCGGCUGCGAUGGCGCUCUGGGCGCUGCCGGUCGGCUUCCGCUUCCACCCCACCGACGAGGAGCUCGUCAGCCACUACCUCAAGGGCAAGAUCACCGGCCAGAUCAACUCCGAGGCCGAGGUCAUCCCCGAGAUCGACAUCUGCAAGUGCGAGCCGUGGGACCUCCCAGGUAAGUCUCUGAUCCGGUCCGACGAUCCUGAGUGGUUCUUCUUGGCGCCCAAGGACCGCAAGUACCCCAACGGUAGCAGGUCGAACAGGGCCACCGUGGCCGGGUACUGGAAGGCUACUGGCCCGGACAGGAACAUCAAGUCCAAGGGCGACAAGAGCAAACAGUUUACCAUCGGCAAGAAGAAGACCCUUGUCUUCCACCGUGGACGCGCCCCGAAGGGCGAGCGCACAGGGUGGAUUAUGCACGAGUACCGCACCACCGAGCCUCAGUUCGAGUCUGGCAAGCAGGGUGGUUAUGUUCUUUAUCGCCUCUUCUGGAAACCAGAGGAGAAAACUGAGCGCUCCAGCCCAAAGGAAAUGGAUAGAAGUGGCAACUCGCCUACUACUAUUCGUUCUUCACGUGACAACCAAGAGGCGAAUGAGGAAGCUAAUACACCAUUAAAUAAAAAAUCUCUAGAAUCUGCUCUGCAUGAUCCGAUUGAGCUGCCCAAUUCUGCUGAAACCCCUGCUGGGCCAAGGAAAAUGUGCCUGGCGGACAGAAAUGAUAAUUUGGUGGCUACUGCACCGGUUGUUUCCCAUAUACCUUUCCAGGGACAUGCUGCUGGUGUAGCUAAGGUUGAUCCUUCAGCUGCUGCUUCAGCCCACUUCGUUAAUCCCCAGAAUGGAAAUGACGACUGCAACAAUUUUAUGUCUGAUUUCACCCCCAUUCUACCGCAUGAAAAUGCAUUCUUCACUGGUACACAGCAAGGAGCUUUUGGUUUUGAUGGAAAUGGCAUCAUGAAUCAUCCUGAUGCCCUGGAUGCUUUCUUGAACCAAACACUUGUUGAUACUGAUGAACAUUCAUCGACAACAUCAAAAGUUCAGUAUGAUUCUGACAUUCCAACAGAAUUUGCGAACCAUUGGAAUAUGCAGGAUGAGCAUCAAGACUGGUGGGAAAAGUUAGAUUUUGAGCCAUAUGAACCAACUUUGCUUCCUUAUGACACCACUGACCUAGACGUACUCUCAGUAGACUCUGGCGCCGAUUCCUUCAAUGACCUCUUCAAUGUGACUGGCAUUACUCUUAGGCCUCAACAGUUGGACUCCACUGUGCAACCAGACUGUGUGUUCCCUGAUCAGGGCACUGCACUAAGGAGGCUGAAGCUACAGGUUGUUGAGUGUGGGGAGAGCAUAACUAAAGAUGAGAGUGAAGAUGAAGUAUCAUGUGUUGAAAGUCCAAACUAUUUUGAUGAAUCUGUCGAGUUCGCUGCAGAGAAGGGUGUGGCUUCUUAUGGGGAUGGGGCUGACUCAACUGGGAUUGUUAUUAGAAGCCGUUACCCUGCCCCAAGUUCAAGCUCAGAGAGUUCAUUCACUCAACAGGGAACUGCUAUGCGAAGGCUACGGUUGCAGUUGGGCCUUAACGAAGGCACAUGUCCUAGUAGUGGUGAUUCAUCAAGCUGCAUCGUAGAUGAAUCAGAAAGUCAGCAGAAAGCAGAGAUUGAAGAGGAUGCAAGCACGAACCUAGCUGGAAGUGUUGAUAAUCUACCUGGCAAUAGCCAUGAUGAUGAGCAAAAGGACAUCCCUGAACAUGGAGUUAAAUCUGUCCUGAGGCUGCGGAAAACUUCUGCGGAAAGUCUGAAGGAUGUGAAGCAGGAGGAUUGUCUGGAGCCAGACGGGAGAGCACCGAUGCAGAGGGUAGGCUUCCAAUCAUCCAUCAUCUGGCUGGUUCUUUCGGUGGCUGUGCUGCUGCUUCUCUAUUGUGGCGUAUGGAUGAGUAUGAUAUGUAUCCUGGUGCGGUGUUUUGCGCACAUGGGUUCCUGGCAUCAACCUGAUGUGUGAACUUCUGUCAUAACAUGCGUUUGACAGCAGUAAGACAUCCCGACAUAUGCCAAUGCAGCUAAAAAUAAAAAAAAGAGGUAGCAAGUGAAGAGGGAGAAAAAAGAGAUGUGUUAUUGUAGGUCUUAGUACAUCCUAGUCUUGCCAAUGCAGCUCAAAAGAAAAAAGAGGUAGCAAGUGAGGAGGGAGAAAAAAAAAGAGGUGUUAUUGUAGGUGUUACUAAUGUUGUAGCUGUUGUGCAGUUGUAAAUCCCCCUUCGGCAGCUGGUUUUAUUUCCUGAUGUAAUGUAAGCAAGAGCAAGGUCCUGUCAGAUGCGUGCGCUGAAAGUCUGAACCUCCGAUAAUAUCUGAUGCUUCUUGUAGAUAGCUGUUUCAGAAUUUUCGGUUAAUGAACCCAGUUACUGCUUGCUUGUUGAUCUAUUUUCUGUGUUGCUAUC